UACAACUUGAAGGAUUGAUUUUAUUUUUCUUGAAAAGAUGUCAGAAGAAUUAGGAAAAUCCUCACAUGACUGUGACAUCUGCAAAGAGUCAUUCUUAGGAGAAAGUAAAUUCAAUCAACACAAACAAAUUCAUACAGGGGAGCAACCAUAUCACUGUAGUAUCUGUGGUAAAUCAUUCUCAAAUGACAGUCACUUAACUCGACACAUAUGUAUUCAUACUGGAGAGAAACCUUAUCCCUGUGAUAUCUGUGGUAAAUCAUUGUCUGACAGGAAUAGCUUAACUCAACACAAACGUAUUCAUACAGGGGAGAAACCAUAUCACUGUGAAGUCUGUGGUAAAUCAUUGUCUGACAGGAGUAGCUUCGCUCGACACAAACGCAUUCAUACGGGGGAGAAACCAUAUCACUGUGAUAUCUGUGGUAAAUCAUUCUCAAAUGAUGGUCACUUAACUCAACACAAACGUAUUCAUACAGGAGAAAGACCUUAUCCUUGUGAUAUCUGCGGUGAAUCAUUCUCUGUUAGCAGUAGCUUAAUUCGGCACAAACGCAUUCAUACAGGAGAAAAACCAUAUCCUUGUGAUAUAUGUGGUAAAUCUUUCCCUGAAAACUGUAGCUUAACUCAACACAAACGUAUUCAUACGGGGGAGAAACCAUAUCAUUGUAGUAUCUGCGGUACUUCAUUCUCCAAUGACAGUCAUUUAACUCGACACAUACGUAUUCAUACAGGAGAGAAACCUUUUCCCUGUGAUAUCUGUGGUGAAUCAUUCUCUGUUGGCAGUAGCUUAACUCGACAUAAACGUAUCCAUACAGGGGAGAAACCAUAUCAUUGUGACAUUUGUGGUAAAUCUUUCACUGAAAACAGUGGCUUAACUAAACAUAAACGUAUUCAUACUGGGGAGAAACCAUAUCAGUGUGAUAUCUGUGGUGAAUCAUUCUCUCGUACUUAUAGCUUAGAUAUUCACAAACGUAUGCAUACAGGAGACAAAAAAUACCACUGUGAUGUCUGUGGUAAGUCAUUCUCUGCUGGCAGUAGAUUAACUACACACAAACUAAUUCAUAUAGGGGAGAAACCAUAUCACUGUGAUAUAUGUGGCAAAUCAUUCAGUCAGACAGGUAACUUAACUAGACACAAACGUAUUCAUACAGGUGAGCAACCGUUUCACUGUGAUAUCUGUGGUAAAUCAUUCAGUCAGACAGGCAACCUAACUACACACAAACGUACUCAUACAGGUGAGCAACCAUAUCACUGUGAUAUCUGUGGCAAAUCAUUCUCUGAAAAGGGUAUCUUAACUACACACAAACUUAUUCAUACUGGAGUAAAACCAUAUCAUUGUGAUAUCUGCAAUAAAUCAUUCUCACAAAAACAUCACUUAAUUAAACACAAGUGCAUUCCUUAUUCAAAGGAUCCAUAAGUACAGUGACAUUUGUUGUAUAAAAUUCCCUCAGAAGGAUAGGCUUGUACCUCUCCUGUUUCCAAGCAAGGAAAUAAUUUUCACAGCAAGACAUAUUUUACACAGAAGACUGGAAAUGAAUAACUGCAUCUGUAUGACGGUCAUUAUGGCCAUUUACAAGCAUCACAUGAUAUCUGGACAAUGGUACACUCACAGACACUGAUGCACACAUAUGUAUGUCUUGAGAAUUUUACUUGUUUUAUGUACAUGUAAAUGAAACACAUGUAAUGCUGAAUAAAUAAUAUGAAAGUCUU